AUGGCUGCAGGCCAAGAUCAAAAAUGGCAGAAAGAUGCUGCAGAUCAAAACUUCGAUUAUAUGUUCAAGAUACUUAUAAUUGGUAACAGUAGUGUAGGAAAAACAUCAUUUCUCUUCAGAUAUGCUGAUGAUUCAUUUACUUCGGCAUUUGUUAGUACUGUUGGAAUAGAUUUUAAAGUGAAGACAGUGUUUAGACAGGAUAAGAGAGUAAAACUUCAGAUAUGGGAUACUGCAGGUCAGGAACGAUAUAGAACUAUUACCACUGCUUACUAUCGGGGCGCUAUGGGUUUUAUUUUAAUGUAUGACGUAACAAAUGAAGAAUCUUUCAAUAGUGUACAAGACUGGGUAACACAGAUUAAAACCUACUCUUGGGAUAAUGCACAAGUAAUUUUGGUCGGAAACAAAUGCGACAUGGAAGACGAGCGCGUCGUCUCGACAGAAAGAGGAAAACAGCUAGCCGACCAGUUGUCGUUAGAAUUUUUCGAAACGUCGGCAAAAGAAAACAUCAACGUGAAAGCAGUUUUCGAACGCCUGGUGGAUAUUAUCUGUGACAAAAUGUCUGAAAGCCUUGAUUCUGAUCCUACUCUGGUCAGUGCUUCCAAAGGUACCCGCCUCACUGAGAAUCCGGCUCCACCGAACGGUGGUUGUCAGUGUUAAAUCGACCGAGAUAGAGCUGUUUUUUGGAUGCUUUCCCACUUGUCCAAUGUUGUCUCAUUGCCUCGUCUUAUUGCAGGCAGAACUGUUUGUAGAAUGUGUCCAGUGUGAGGUGGUUCACGAUUAUAUAACAAAAAAAAAUCUACAGGAUAUAACAAUUCCCUAGUGUCUUUUAUAUUAAAAAAAAAACAAAACCAAAAUAACACCUUGAUACAGAAAUAACAUGUGAUAUAACAUAUCUGUUUUGCCUUUUUCCUGUUAUCCAAAAAAAAAAAAAAAAGCUAUUAAACUGUGCACUUAGACUUUAUAGAAUGUGUUCAGUGUUUGCACA